UCUGAGAUAACUGUCGCGGCGGUGCGCUUGUCCAUCGUGUCCAACCUUGUGGAAGCACACACUAUUGCCGGUCGCUAAAUGAGUAGAGCGCUUUUUGUCAUUCCGCAACGCUUGCUAUCAAUCGUCCGAUGUAACCAGGUUUCAUUGAUAACGCGCCAUUCGAGCAAAAUGAGCGAACAAACGGAGACUAACAUUGUUAAGGGUGCUGAUAGCUGGUUUAACAAAUACACGGCGGUAGAGAGUUCUCCCGAGGGCACGUUUAAGGGGGUGAAGGAUCGGUUCAAUGGCAUCACGGUUGACUCGAGCAUGGAAACCUGCAGUCCCGACAGUUUUCCAACCGUGCUGAAACGUUCCCUAGAGCAUUGGAUUCAAGGUAAACAUCGAGGUAUUUGGUUCAAAGUCCACUUAACCUCAGCAGCUUGGAUACCGGAACUAGUUAAUAAUGGAUUCCAAUUCCAUCAUGCGAAAAAUACGUUCGUGAUGCUGUAUCGUUGGCUGCCAACGGAUGAGUCGGCCAACAUUCCACCGUAUUCCCAUACGAUGGUCGGUGUCGGUGCGCUUGUCGUGAACGAUCGUAAUCAGGUGCUGGUAGUGAGCGAGAAUAAUGCCUUAAUCGUAGGAUCAUGGAAGCUGCCGGGAGGCUAUGUGGAACCAAAUGAGAAUUUUAUUGAUGCCGCUAUACGGGAAGUGGCCGAGGAAACGAACAUUCGGACACAGUUCGAAUCGGUCAUUUCGAUACGACACGCACAUGGAGCCGGGUUCGGCUGUUCCGAUCUUUACAUCGUGAUGGCACUAAAGCCGCUGUCGGAAGAAAUAACCAAGUGCAACCGCGAGAUAGCAAAAUGUGAGUGGAUGGAUGUGGACGAGUACCUGCACCAUCCAAAGGUACACGAAACGAAUCGAAAUUUUGUUCGAACGUACCUUGAGUACAAGCGACUCGGGUUGCGUAUCGACUGUACCGAAGAAAUGCACCAAGUGCUGAGGAAACGGUACAAUAUUUACUCAAUUGCCAAAGUACCAGAAGUUGGAAAUGUGGACAGCAGUGCUAGCAGCAACACGUGUACCACCAGCACGUUAAAGUUAUAG